GUGGGAUCGCCGUUGUCGCAUUGCAACAGAAGGAUAAGGCGUAGCUUCUCGUCCGCAGCUUGCUACAUGUAUAAAGGCGAUCAAUCGAUGAGGUUCAUUGAGCAGCGGCAGCAGCGAGGAAGAAAGUGGUGGCCGUCUCCAGUGCGCUGGAUAACGCCCAUCCAGCAAAUACAUGGCACUCGCCAUUGCACUGAGCAUUGUCUCCAGCUGUUCGUACCGGUGAUGUAACAGUCGCUGCCGUGUUCAAGGCGGAAUAAGAUUGAAGUGACCGCCGGAGAUCUCCGAUCUUGUAGCAGUGGCAGUGCUCGCCCACGGUGGCAAGGCCUCGCGGUCUUUGCCACCGUAGCGUCCAGCCCGCCAAGUUGACCCAACGUCGGAAGCUGUUGCUCAGCGUGCUGUACAAUCGGUCGGCGCGAAUGCUUACGGGCUGGUGCUUUCGCAUGCCACCAACAUAGCGACGGCACAACGCCAGAGAGUGGAGAUUGUGGACAGCAGCAGAAGCGCCCCACAGAGAGCGAGCAGCGUGCGUCGAGUGGAGAUUUGCCUGUCCGAGCUCCAGUGCAUUCAGUGCGCCUCAUUCGUUGAGUCUCCGAUAAAGACGCGCCCCGUGAAGAACACGCCACGGUCGACUUGAACUGAAUUGUUCGUGUCCAGCGUCCAGCGUCCAGCGUGGCAUUCAACAUUCCGUCUCGGGGUGGAGCGCUCACUGAACGCUCACUUCUUAAGCUGCAACCAAAAGGGCGGGUGCGUUGCUGCAGUGGGUAGCUGAGGUGUCACCUAUGUCGGCAGCAACGUGGGCGUCGCCGUCGUCCUCCUCGUCGGGGUCGCUCGGCAGCUCCUUCGGCGUGCACGUGCCGCCGGGCCUUCAACACUUUGAAGGCCGGUUCCAGAACCUACGCGGUCAAUCGCUUUUCUACUUCUCGCUUUACCCUCCGUCCAAGCGCGCACUGCGCGGCGUCGUGCUGUAUCUGCACGGCGCGGGUGAUCACUGUCGCCGCUACAUCUCAUUGUACGAACGCCUGUGCGAAGCAGGUUUCGGCGUGAUCACGUACGAUAUGGUGAAUCACGGCGCCAGCGACUGCGACGGUCACAAGACGCGCGGUCAUGUGCGCAGCUUCCGCCAGCUCGUGGAGGACACAGACGCCUACGUCGCGUUCGCUAAGAACGCCAUCUUCCCGCAAACCAGCCUGUUGACGCCACCCUUGAUCAUCGCCGGCACGUCUUUCGGCUCACUCGUGGCGCUGCACGUCGUUCUCUCGGGACAACAUAAAUUCUACGCCGGGUUCUGGGCUGGGCCAACAGUUGGUAUGGAGAUGUCGACGCUCUGGAAGGUUCAGGCGGCAUUCAUCCAGCCUUUGGCGUUGCUACUGCCUCGGGUACGUCUUGUACCGGGCGUCGACUACGAGCUGCUGUGGCGAGAUCCCGGUACUUUAGAAGACUUCAAAGCCGACGCAUUGGCGACCAAGAGCGACAUCACCGCGAGGACGAUGCAGCAGACACUCAGUGCCAUGCACCGAUUGACGAAAGACAAGAGCAUCAAGCAAGCCGGAAGCGGUUUCUGCGCUCUAAGCGUGCUGUUCCUGGUCGGGUCGGAAGACCACAUUGCGGAUCAGGGCGUGACGAGAAAGUUCUACGACAAACUGGCCAAUAUGGACAAACAGUUCAAGGUGUUCGACGGCGUCUUCCACAGCGUCUUCGAAGACCCUGAACGGGACGAAGUCUUCGCCUUCCUUUGCCAGUGGCUACGGCACCGCUUCCCGGAGCUACACAACAAUAAAACCCCUUGAGGCCUCGUGUCCUAAUAGACAUCUCGCCUCUCAAAAGCUCCAGACAGAGCUAACCACGUAUAUAAAACAGUAGUCGAUAGGAUUCCUUCAUGAAGGCAUGCAUGUUCAUGCACAAAUGAUCUGCCUCGCAGACAUGUAUAACAUCAAAUUGGUCCACCACUUCCUGUCCCUAUCUUUUACGCU